GCAAUACAUAAAAUAGUAUUGUUUUACUUGUAAUGGUAUUGGUGAAUCAGAAGUCUUGCAAAUUAUAAAAAAAAAAUAGGAACUGGUAUUGUAAAAUAAGAUGGAUAGGGACUGUAUGGAUGUGCAACUUAUUAGAUUUAUGUAUUUUUAAAUAUUUUUAUGUAGUGUUUUUUCAUUCUGUUUUUAAAAUACUAUACCUUCAACUCUGCAGAUACAAGAAAUGGAGAGUGGCUCGAGGCGACAAAGGCUAAAGCCUAUGCAAGAUGCAGAAGACCACAUUAAGUCAAGAAUUGACAAGCCAAAUCUUGAGCAGCGAUACAUCAACAGAUUUAAAGGACGAGGAGUGUUCACCAAGCAAUUCAUUUUAAAAGGGGAUUUUGUGGUUGAGUAUAAAGGCCUAUUCACACAGGAACAAGAAUCCUCUGGAGUGUUUCUUUUUGACUUUCCAUGGAAAGGACAAAUGUGUUGCAUGGAUGCAUCGGAGGAGGAUGGCAGUCUGGGAAGGCUUGUAAAUGACAGUAACAAACCUAACUGCAAAAUGAAGGUUGUAACAUUCAAUAACAGCCCACACUUGUGCCUUUUUGCUAUUUUGGAUAUUUUUCCUGGGGAAGAAGUCACCUACAACUACGGACCAUCAGAAUGGCCGUGGAGAUCCCAGAUGAAUACAGAUGUUGCAGACAAAACUCCCUGUUUGGCAGAAGCAAGUGCAGAACAGAUGAAUACAGAUGUUGCAGACAAAACUCCCUGUUUGGCAGAAGCAAGUGCAGAACAGAUGAAUACAGAUGUUGCAGACAAAACUCCCUGUUUGGCAGAAGCAAGUGCAGAACAGAUGAAUACAGAUGUUGCAGACAAAACUCCCUGUUUGGCAGAAGCAAGUGCAGAACAGUGUCACAAACAUGACUUGGUCCAUGCAACUGUGUCAUGCCUGGACAAAUGCACAGUAUGCCUGGGAUCUGGGAUGUCUGCUCUUAAGUGGAUUGGUUUCAAAUGUAAAGUUUGUUCUGGUGUGUGGCACAAGGGUUGUCUCAAGCAAGCAUUUCCUGAGGAUAAACAUGAUUUCAGCUCAGAGGAUGAUAGUGAAUCAGAUGAGGACAUGCAUGAAGAUAAGGAUUAUUUACCAGACAGCAACUCUGAUAGUUCCGAAUCUGAUUCGGAUGCAAGGUCUCUGGAGGUCUCUACUCUGUCCCAGGGUCCCCUCUCAGGGAAUAUUGAAACAUUUGAUACUAGAAAAAAAAACCCAGAUGAAACAACAGAUGACAAAGCAGGUGUUAAAGGUAUAAACUACUGUUACGUUUGUCAAAAGCCUCAGUCUAAACUUGCCAGACAUCUAGAGACACACAAGACAGAAGCAGAAGUGAUGGAGGCUCUCAGUUUUCCAAAACGUUCAGUAAAAAGACGACGACUUCUGGAGAAAUUACGUAAUCGUGGUAACUUUCAACACAAUGUAGUUGUUCUCAAAACAGGAACCGGGCAAAUCAAAUUAAAAAGAACUUCUAAGCAGUCUAAAUUUAUUCACUGUGUCUAUUGUAAAGGAAUGUUUUCCCGCAAAGAAUUGUGGCGGCACUCUCGCAGAUGCCACUUCAUGCCAGAACAGGCUUCCGGUGGGUUUGCAAAGCCCAAAGUCUUGGGCUUGGCCUCAACUGCUCAGUCUGUGUUCUCUGAAAGUAUUUCUCAAGGGGUUUGGAAGCUUCUUGACCCAAUGAGACUGGAUGAUAUAACAACAGUUGUUCGUAAUGACUUCAGCAUUUUGCAGCUGGCACAAUCUCUGUACAACAAGCAUGGAUCUGAUACUACAAAAUAUGAGUAUAUUCGUCAGAAGUUAAGGGAACUUGCACGUGUGUUGUUGGUUUUGCGUGGUGAUUCGUUAUACACCAUUGAAGAUGCUGUUAAGCCUGGAAAUUUUCACAAAGUUGUCAAAGCUGUGAAAAAAGUGUCUGGUUUUGAUGAAGAAAACAACUCUUACACAGCACCAAGUCUUGCUCUAAAAAUAGGGCAUUCUCUACAGAAAAUAGCUGACAUAAUUCACUGUAGGGCUUUGAUGACAGAAAAUGAGGGCUUGAUCAAAUCAACUGAAGCUUUCAAGUCACUGUACUCCACAAAAUGGUGUGAGCUUGUAUCACACUCUGCCCUGAACACACUUAGUGAGAAUAAAUUCAACAAACCAUCGACCUUGCCUUUUACCCAGGAUGUGCAACUUCUUCAUACUCACCUCGAACAGUCUGCAAAUGCUGCCUUUGACAAACUGAAGAAAGAAGCAUCUCCCCAAAGUUACGCUGACCUUGCAAAAGCCACUCUUGUUCAGACUAUAGUUUUUAAUCGAAGGCGUGCAGGGGAGGUGUCAAAAAUGCACUUGAAGAACUUCAUUGCUAGAGACAAAAGCGUACUCCAUGUUGAUGUGUCCUUGGGAUUAACUAAGUUUGAAAAGAAACUUUGUGAGCACUUCACUCGGGUAGAAAUCCGGGGCAAACGUGGACGAAAGGUGGCUGUCCUCCUUACACCACAAAUGGUGAAAUCGCUGAAUCUAUUAGUCAGCAGAAGAAUGGAAUGUGGUGUACAGGAUGCCAAUAUCUUUCUCUUUGCUAGACCAAAAUGUUCAAGUUAUUACAGAGGUCAAGACAGCUUGAGACUUCAUGCAGAAAAGUGUGGAGCCAAAAAACCUGAAUAUCUACGCUCAACCCAGCUUAGGAAACAUGUUGCAACCCUUUCGCAAAUUUUAAACCUCAAAGACAACGAGUUGGAUCAGGUGGCUGACUUUCUCGGGCAUGAUAUACGUGUCCACCGUGAUCACUACAGACUGCCUGAGGCAACAAUUCAGCUUGCGAAAAUCUCGAAGCUACUUUUAGCAAUGGACAAAGGUUGUCUUGGAAACAUCCAGGGAAAGUCACUCGAUGAGAUUCAAAUUGAAGAUCAGAUCCAGUUGACCGAUACUGAAGAUGAUGCAGAUGAUGAACCUGAUGGCACCAGUUCAUUUGGCAGACAAAAUGAAAUGUCAUCAAUACAAGAAGCCUGCCAGAAUGGAGUGACUGAAAGUGUUGAACAUCGGGGGAAGAAAAGAAUAUGGUCAAAAGCAGAAGUUGCUGCUGUGAUGCGGCAUUUUAAAAUCCACAUAGCCAAAGGUCAUUUGGCGACAAAAUCUGAGUGUCUUCAAUGCAAAUCUGCUGAAGAGCAUGUGCUACAAAACCGGUCAGUACAAAACAUUAGGGAUUUUGUGAGAAACAGAGGUAUAACAGCCAAAAGGAGAAGUCAGUAUGAAAGUGCAUGA